UAGCUAAGUAAUCGCAUAGCUAUCGAUAUCGUUGUUGUCGGCGCAAUAAGUUAAUCAAAUCAGUAGCUAGCAACAGGUUGUAUUAAUACCGAAUUAAAUACUUGAAGCAGUGUAAAGAACUUAACUAAAUUUUAAGUAAAAGUCAUGCAGGCCAGCGGAAGCUCAGUGAAUUCGAAUCCUAGAUGGCGUGUUUCGGCGAGCCUCAUCAUAGUGACGCCUGCAGCAGCAGCUGGCGAGGAUUACAAUGUGCUCAUGUUAAAGCGUACCGAUGCGACGGCCAUGGCUACUAACCAAACAGUUUUUCCUGGCGGAUUGCUGGAAGUGGAGGCGGAUGAGAGCGUUGCCUGGCUUCAGUACUUUGAGGAGUUUGGUGUUACCCAAACGUCGCUGCGUAGUCUUGUACUGAUCAGCGAACAAAGGCCAAACAUAUUAGCUCCACAGGGUACAGGUUGCUAUGAUCGUUUCUUUAAACGUUCCAAAAUUUGGGCGCGGGAGAUAACGCUGCGCUUGGCGGCUUUGCGUGAGUGCUUUGAGGAAGUGGGUGUGCUGCUGUGUCGAAAUCGAGCUCAGGUUCAUCAAACGGCUGCAGUCGCUCAUGCAGCACAGCUGGAUGCAGAUUCUCUGAGCACUUGGCAAGCUCGCGUGCACAGCAACCCUAGUGAUUUCUUAGCCCUAUGUCGACAUAUAGAAGUAGUUCCCGAUAUAUGGGCGCUGCACGAAUGGUCCGCCUGGGCGAGUCCCGCGUUUGUUAAGAACCGUUAUGAAACUGUUUUUUAUAUGGUCUUCCUGCACUCACAGCCAAGCUUGCUCGCAGAGCCCACCGAGGUGAAGGAAGGUCUGUGGCGCUCACCUCUUGAACUAUUAUUUUUGCAUCAGGAUCAGGAACUGUUUUUUUUGCCGCCUCAAAUCUAUGAACUCAGUCGCCUGUGCUCCAUCAACGAUUUCCAGAAGCUAUGUACCUUUGCCUCGCAGCGCGGUCAACUGGGCUGCACAAUGUUUAUGCCAGUGGCCUACGUAUGCAGCGAUGGCAUGGUAUUUACGCUGCCAGGCGACGACUUAUAUGUGCCCGAACCACAUUUGGUCACCAAGCCCAUUGAGUUUUCUGGAACUGUUGCCGAGCUGAAUGCCCUUUCUAAGCAUUUGCAUCGCUACGAGUCAACGACAGCAACCGGUUUUAAAAUAUAUAUCAAUAUUCCAGCUUUGAAUGGGCAUCUGGUUCCUAAGCAACUACCAAAUGAAAAGAGCAAGCUAUAGGCUUUCAAGUUUAAGCUAAAAA